UUUCUGUUUCCGGUGACCGUUGGCAGAAGAAACAAGUCCAUCUGCAAACAUUCCUGAGAGCGCUUUAACUUUCCGUUGAUAAUGAAGAGGCAGGACAGUGAAGACAACAGUGGAGAGUCUAGCGCAGAGGGCACAUCAGAGACUCUGGUGACUCCUGAAGGCACCGAGAGCCCGAAGGAACAGAACACGCUGACGGAUAGCUCUCCAGCUGUUAACUCGGAAACGGAUGACGCCUCUGGAUCUCAGUCUGCCUCUCGUGAUGUGGCUGAGGAGCUCAGCAGACAGCUGGAGGACAUCCUCAGCACGUACUGUCAGGCGGAUGGCAGCGAGGACCCGGCUGUACCUAACGGCCAACCUGACGGCGCUGAGGUCAACGGGCUGGCAGACAGAGAGGACAAGAAGUCACACGCCAGUCUGAACGGCAGCAGCGGUGCAGAGAAGGACCAGAAGAAGCUGCAGGAGAAAAAGAAGGUUAAAGGGCUGGGUAAGGAAAUAACGCUGCUUAUGCAGACGCUGAACACACUGAGCACCCCCGAAGAAAAACUUGCUGGUCUGUGCAAGAAGUAUGCAGAGCUGCUCGAAGAGCACCGCAACUCUCAGAAGCAGAUGCGAGCUCUGCAGAAGAAGCAGGCCCAGCUGAUCCAGGAAAAGGACCACCUGAGGAACGAGCACAGCAAAGCCAUUCUGGCCCGGAGCAAGCUGGAGAGUCUGUGCCGUGAAUUGCAGAGACACAAUCGGACACUGAAGGAGGACGGGGUGCAGCGUGCUCGUCAGGAGGAGGAGAAACGGAAGGAAGUGACCUCGCACUUUCAAUUAACGUUGAACGACAUCCAGGCACAGAUGGAGCAGCACAACGAGCGCAACGCCAACUUGCGGCAGGAGAACAUGGAGCUGGCAGAGAAGCUCAAGAAGCUCAUCGAGCAGUACGAGCUACGGGAGGAACACAUAGAUAAAGUUUUCAAGCACAAAGAUCUACAGCAGCAGCUGGUCGACGCGAAGCUCCACCAGGCUCAGGCACUGCUCAAAGACUCGGAGGAUCGCCACCAGAAAGAGAAAGAGUUUCUGCUGAAAGAAGCCGUAGAGUCCCAGAGGAUGUAUGAACUUAUGAAGCAACAAGAAGUUCAUCUGAAGCAGCAGUUAUCAUUAUACACAGAGAAGUUUGAAGAGUUUCAGAACACGCUGUCUAAAAGCAACGAGGUGUUUACAACCUUCAAGCAAGAGAUGGAGAAGAUGACAAAGAAGAUUAAGAAGCUGGAGAAGGAGACAACUAUGUACAGGUCCCGAUGGGAGAGCAGUAAUAAAGCGCUGCUGGAGAUGGCUGAGGAGAAAACCCUUCGAGAUAAGGAACUGGAGAGCUUGCAGGUGAAGGUGCAGAGGUUGGAGAAGCUGUGUCGUGCCCUGCAGAUCGAACGCAACGAGCUGAGCAAGAAGGUUCAGGACCUGAGUAACCCAGCGGACGGCAGGGGCUUGGAGACGGAGUCCAAAUCAUCACAGCCAGCCACAGACUCGGCAGAGUGUAGCCUCAGCCAUACAAACGAGCCAGAGCCAGAGACUCCGCCCACCGCCCACUCUCAGGAGUGUCACUGCAGUCCCGUCCCCGGGGCCGAGUCGCAGAGGGAGGCAUGUUCAGCCCAGGACUGAGGUAAUGGUGCUGUCUGUGGGUUCGAACCACUCACAAUCUCCCCAGCAGCUCUCCGUCGCCGAGCUGUUUCGGCGUUUUCGGGGCUUACCAUUCUGUCAGGGAAGAUUGUGCCUUUGAGAUGCUGUGUUUUUACUACCCCUCCGUUUAUUCCUCUUUUUCCAUCGCUCUGAAUAGUUCCCGUUUGUGAGAAAUCCUACGCUAAGAGGCACCGAGCAUCACCGCUGCUUUGGAAUGCUAUCUCUGGAGUGCUCUCAUCCUCAUCGUAGCUAUAUUUAAUCGUUCGCCUCGAGUCUCGUCCUGAAUAAAAAAACUAAGAAUUUAGACAGAUGGUAAACCAGGUAAACCGCUUGAGCGCACACCAUGUUAUUGCUUAUGAAAUUAACAGCAACUGUAGUGCAGCGAGAUAUUAAUUCAUCACGUGUAGCGUCAGGCUUGUAUUUUUUUUUUCUUUUAAUUUAUACACACAUUUUAAGGGUCUGUACACAUACUAGCCAGUGUUUUUUCUCUGUAACGAUCAUGUAAUCAAUAUUUUCUGUUUAUCACAAUCAUCUAAGAUUAUUAUUAUUUGUUUAACUCUUGAUUUCUGCUUUGCAAUCUGCACUCGGUGAAUGUCGCAUUGAACUCGAUGCCAUCGAAUCAGGGGCGAGUUUCCCAAAAGCCUCUUAAAGCUUAGAGAAUCUUAACUGUGUGUGUGUGAGAGAGAGAGUGUUCAUUGUGCUGCUCGCUCUACCACUUAACGAUGCUCUUUGUGCCGCGGUGUUUUUGAGAAACUCAGACCAGGUCUUUCGGAACCAGAUUCCCCGCUUUACACAGCAGUGAAAUACGGUCACUUGAAACAUGAGCCGCUGUGUUGGGUUCAGGUUUAUUUAAACUUAUUCUCCCCCCUCGUGAUUAUAAUGAAGAUGCAUUUAAGUUAUUCCAUGACAUCGAGUCGUGCAUGAGCUGACAGUUGACGAAGCGUGUAGCGCCAAGUCGGCUAUAAACCGUGUACGACGAGAUCGAGCGGAAUAACGGAGUUAUUCUAUUCACAUUCACCGUGUUUUGAGAAACAGCAUUUUUAUUUUUUGCAAGUUCAAUAAAUACAAAAACGUCCGACCAAAUCAUUUCCGCUUAGAAUGUAAACGAACCGGCGGAAUGACGGGAGCAAUUUGUGAAAAAUGCGAUUAAUAAUUCUUGAAAAAUAAAAUACUUUUCCAUGUUUUUUUGCAGUUUUGUUUUCAAGUAUUUUUUUUUUUUUAAAGAUAUAUUUUUUGGGCUUUUUUCAGCUUUAUUAUUGGAUAGGACAGUGUAGAGACAGGAAAUGAGCGGGAGAGAGAGACGGGGAGGGAUCGGGAAAUGACCUCGGGUCGGAAUCGAACCCGGGUCCCCGGAUUUAUGGUAUGGCGCCUUAUCCACCUAAGCCACAACGCCCCCGUUUUCAAGUAGUUUUUAUUUCGUCCUCAGUUGGUUCACACUCGUUUUUCUCUACUCAUGGUAUAUGAGCUGAUAUCCUAGUAGUAGAGUAGCCAAUCAGACCGCGCGAUUGCUCAUAUAGCGUGAACGCGGAUAGAAUAAAGUCUAAUGUGUUCAUGUAGUCUAUUCCAAACUCUGUUUACUGUGCGUGUUUUUGGGUGAUUUUUUUUUUAAGCAUUCAAGUGUAGAUUUUGUUUCACUCCACAGAUCUUUGCGUUUCGAAACACCACCUUUUAAAUCUACAAUUUUACAUUUUAUUUUCUCCAACAUCUGGUAAUUUGGCAGGUUUCAGCUCUUAUAAAGCAGUGGUUCUCAAAGUGGGGACUGCAAAGCAAAGGCAGGAGGUCUGUGGCUCACUUGCUGCUUUUUUUUUUUUUCCUUUUCCUCUCUCGUUACGGUGGUGGAAACAAACCAUGAUGUCACAUUAGAUUUAGAGGUCCAGUUCCCAAAGUCGACUCCGACCGAACGUGUUCUAUCAGAGUUCAAUGGCUUCUAAAACUAUCGUUGAAGAAAUUUGACUGAUAUAGCGGUCCCCGGAAUUCCGGUUAAAGGGGGUCCCUUGCUCCAAAAUGUUUGACAAGCACUGCUCUAAAGAUUAUUCCAGAAUCCAGAAGAGAGCAUGCACUUGAACGAGGCCAUGAGCGCUGAGUUUAUUACAUUAUUCUGUCUCUCAUACAAUUUAAUCAUGCGUUUCGUCAUAGUGGACCAUUAUUUUCACCUUUUCUUAUGUUUAAGCUCUGACUGUACGUCUCUGUAUGCGACAGCUUGGGCUAGUACAUUGUGGAGAUGUUUAAUUUACAACCCCGAUCCAGUUUGCUGUGUGAGCAGGUGAAAUAAAGAGGCUCUAAAAUGGGAAAACUCUAUGCAAUCCUAGUGCUGUUCAUCCUCUCUGUUAAGUGUUAACAUACUAGCAAAGGAAUGUACAUUUACAUUUUAAUAAUCUCAUCAUGGCUUCAGAGUAAAGACGGCUGCAGGUGUGAAUCCGUGUCUUGUUUUAUUGUUCUACUAUACCAGGACAUCAUGAAUUUUAUUGCUUCAUUAACCUGAACACGAAAUCUCCAUGAGGUCCUGCAGGAGUUGAGUGAAAGCCAGGAUCCACACGGAUCUUGUUUAUCUACAUUCCAUCUUUGACACAAUAACAACAUGCCACAUUUCAUUAGCUCCUACUGCUCAUUAAUGCUGGACACACCCACUGUCAUUGAAGGUACCAAAGAUCUUUUAAUUUGUUUGAUUGGUUUGUUGUUUUUGUUUUCACACCCUGUAAACAUGGUUUGAAAAAUUAAAUAUAUUACACAGAUUAA